CGUGCUGACGCGCUAUACACGCCAAGGUUCGCUGGCGCACAUGCAGACAGCCAGGGCAGGGUCGACAACGCGCCGCGUCAGCAUGCACGCGCAUACACGCAGACAGAACCCCCCGCUCUCCCUGUUUCCCCCCCCGAACCCGCGUUGGUGCAUGGCUGCUCCACUUCGCGCGCUUCAGCGAGGCCAACAGGUGUGCCUCCUUCAGGUCCAUCCAAGCUCAAGAAGAAGUCGCUAGCCCUGUCUAGGACAACGCUCUGCUCUACCACCAACAGCAUCACCAAGCUCACAUCAACUUCUGACUCAAGCUCCCCGAACUGGCCAUCUAUCCACAUAAUUUCAAGAGGUCGUAACGGUCACAAUGGCUGGCGCAACUGACACCAAGAACCAGGAGCUGGCCGAGGCCGAGGCAGUCUCUGCAGAGCCACGCGGAGCUGCCAAGGAGGCCACCAAGAAGCUGGACGAAACGGCAGACGACGAUGUCGAUGACGACGAGGACGAGGAAGACGAUGAGGAUUUCGAGGAGGGCGAUGAGGACGAGGAUGGUGAGGAUGGCGAGGAAGAGGACGGAGAUGAGGAUGAAGACGAUGAUGACGAGGAGGACGUAGAUGACGAGGAUGAGGAUGAUGCGGUUUCUGGCAAGAAACGCAAGGCGGGAGAGGGAGACGAAGACGAGGAUGACGACGACGAGGGCGACGAGGACGAGGAGGAUGAGGAUGACGAGCCCGCUCCAAAAGCUGCCAAGACCAGCAAUGGCGAGGAGAUCGACGAAGAGGCUGAGGCCGAGGCUCUAGAAGAGGACGACCUCGCCGAAGAUUAGAAGUCCACCUCUUUAAUCCUAUAGGCGCGCGCACACUACCGUCUUCCUCCGCUCUCACUACCCAAGCCCUGUUAGACUCGAUGGACCUUUUGCGCUUCUCGCUCCACCAGCACCUCCGAGCGUUAUAAAGCGGAUGUGUCUUGCAAUACGUCCCACGAUUCAUCGCCCUAGCGCCAACAAUUCUAUGUCUGCUCCCCGAAUACCGAAUACUUUUAAGGAGUCUGCGCUUUUGGCGCUGCAUAUGCCAAAGGAUGGCGGACGAUGUGGUGAUCCAACUGAG